AUGGUUUCACCUGUCUCUGUUUGCUACCCCACAUUAAGUUCCACAGGCUUUAUCAAUGGUAACAGUGAUGAGAAGGGUGGAAGUAGAGAAGGUAACAUCAUACGACAACUUCCGCAUAUUGAUUGGAUUAAAUUUGAUCAACACAGUGAUGUUAUCCUUCGAAAAUAUGCGAAACUGCUUUUAUCCGUUGAGAAUGAAAAAGAGGUCUCUGAUCCUACAGUAGUAAAAUAUUCCUCUAAUCUGAAGAGAAUGUCAAAGAAGAAAGUUGACAGCAGCAGUAGCAGUAGUGAAAGUGGUGAAAGUACAGAGUGCAAUUCACUAUCAUCAUUAACAUUAACAUCUUCACGAUCUCCGGCAUUACAAAUAGCCGCUUUGCAGUUAGGAUGGAGUGGUGUAAGGAUGUUAUUCCACUAUAUUGUGUAUGUUGCCAGUGGAGAAACACCUCAACAACGUCAAUGUUCUGCAGGUAGUAGUAAUAAUAUCACGGAAAAGGUGGUUUCUUUAAGUACCACAGUAUCCAGUAUAAAUGCUUUAACUUUUAAGGAAAAACUCCCAUUAAGAAUAUUGGAUGAAAAGAUCAUUUUGGAUGAUUCUAUACGGCAACAUCAUCAUCAACAACAACAAUAUAAACAACAACAAUAUAAACAACAACAAGAACGGAAUCAGCAACACAUAGUAGACACAACAGAUGAUGUGCGUGUAACUGACUUUACAAUUGAUGAUUCCCAUGAUGGUGUUAAUGAUAUGGCUAAUGCUACGCUUCCUUCUGUUCUUUUCUCUAUUCCAGAUACAACAACAACGACGACGACAACCUUCACGCCUGGAGUUUCUGUUUCCCACACCACAGGAACGGAACCCGAUGCCAACAAAGUGGAUAUCUCCGCAGGAAUAGAGGAAGGAAUGCAUAAUUUGCAGAGAUUUUCCACAAAAACUGUUUUGGAACAAAUUUGCUCCUUAGCCGCACACUUUGACUUGGAAGAUGAGGAUUUGGUACAACUCAUGAUAUUACCUUUUGAAAUAGCCCAACAGGUAUUGGGUGAUCGACUCAUUUCUUUUGGGGAUAACUUUCAUUCUUCAAAGGGGGCUUCUGUUUCUUCUGUGUUACGUCCACUCUUUCGUAGUAUGAUUGUACCUAUUCUACAGGGAAUACGUUUAAUUCUGCGAGAAAAGACCCCUCAAAGUAUUCUUGUUGAGGAUAAUAAUAGUAAUAAUAAUCAUCAUGAUCAUAAUGGUAUCAACAUUGGCAGCAACAACAACAACAAGAAUAAGACUAUUAAAACUGCAAUAGAAGAACAUUUGCCAAAGCGUAAAUCAGAGCGGGGAAAGGCUUCAAAACGGUUACAUAAAAAUGUUCCAAAUAAUAAUGGUGAAAGUGGAAGUAAUAAUAACAGUAGUAGUAAUAAUAAUAAUAAUAAUAAUAAAAGUAACGGUGUUACCAAGGAGAAUUUAAUACCUUGGCAAACGGAGUUUUCCUCCAUUGAUAGUCCACAUUUCUUUAGUGAAGUAAGUCCACGUUGCUGUGAAUCACAUCUCUUUCAAUUACUUGGGGAGCAAAACUGUUCUAUUAUGCACUUUGCAAUAAGCUCAAAACUCUGGAAUAGGGUAAAUUCAUUAAAGGAAGCUGCUCACCUUGCGAUGGAGAAAAGCUCAGAAGUCUUAUGCCCAUUACGUACUCGUUUCUUCUCCCUUAGAAGACAGUAUAUAUACCUAUAUAGUCCUUUAGACAAUAUCAAUCCAAUCGCUAUUCUUCCACUUUCUUUACCUAGUACUACUGUAUUAGACAACACAAAAGUUCCAUUUUUGGAGACUUUAAAAAUCCCUCCUUCUGGGGAAACAUUUCAUGUUGAGCUAAUUUCUGAAGAGAACACGAAUAUUACUAUUGAUACAGUUAGGACGAUCAAUAAUAUACUUAUAGUUGAUAAUCAUAUAUCUCAUGUGAAUACUGAAUGGGAUUCUUCCAUUAUGAAGAAGAUUAAGGGUGAAAUGCGGUUUGGCGUUUAUGUACUGCGUCUCUUAGUAGGUGGUUGGGUACAUCAUUUCAUUUUUCAGUUAGAUAUUCUUCGUAGUGUUUGGGCACAUCGUCUGGAUGUUGCCCAUACAAUGGGAAUGUUUCCUAAAGCACCACCAUCAUCAUCAUUAUUAUUAUUAUCAUCAACAACAACAACAACAAGAAGAACAACAUCAACAACAAAGCAGUGUAAAGAUACAAAAUUAUUACCCGUAUGUUUUCCUGCAUUUCUACGUGGACGUUUAGCAUUAAGUUUUGGUCUUUCCGCCUUUACAACUGUACGUGUACUUGGCACUGGUACCUUUGGUCGAGUCUUACUGGUACGGCACAGCUUUACAGGUGGAUUAUAUGCAUUGAAGGUAUUACGCAAAACUUCCUUUACUUCUUUACGGAAUGUUGUGGAGGUGCGGCGUGAGCGGAGUAUUUUAGAUGGAUUAAACUCUCCAUACAUUACACGUAUUCACGCUACUUUUCAAACCGCCUCACGUGUGUAUUUUCUUUUGGAUUAUUUACCUGGUGGGGAGUUAUUACAACAUACAUGUCAAUCCCCUAAUCAUCGCUUUGAUGAAAAUGUUGGACGUUUCUUUAUUGCUGAACUUGCCAUUGCGGUGGAUCAUCUUCAACAACAUGGAAUUGUCCAUCGUGAUAUUAAAGGAGAUAAUUUAGUAUUAGAUGAAGAUGGUCAUGUUAUCCUCACAGACUUUGGAUUUGCCAAACAUAUAUUAGAUGAAACUGGUCAACCCAUACGUCAACAUAUGUGUUGUGGCACGCUUGCCUAUAUUGCCCCAGAGAUGUUGUAUGAUGUGAAAACUCGUGGAUAUGGAUUUGAAGUGGAUUGGUGGAGUUUGGGUGUUGUUUUAUUUACACUUCUUACGGGUUUUUUCCCUUUUCUCCGCCCCACUCACCGGGAAACAGUGCAGGCCAUUGUAUCUCAACCCUUACAAUUCCCGGAAGAGCCUUUACUCUCAGAAGAGGCAAAAGAUAUUCUCCAGCGGCUUAUUCAUAAAGAUCCACAACGGCGAAUUGCAUCUUUACAGGCAUUAAAACAACAUGCGUUUUUUCGUGGAUUUGAUUGGAAGGCAUGUGAAGAACGGCAAAUGCCACCACCUUUGCGUCUCGCUAUGAAUGAUGAUAAUGAUAAUGAUAAUGAUGAUGAAAAGGGAAAAUCCGAAGGAACAACACCAGCGGCGGGAAAAGUAUUAGUAUCCAGUGAUUCCGACUCGGAUGAUCGUUCUUCCUAUACAGCUGCUUUUACAGAAGAGGAGGAGCAGAUUAAAUUAGCUCAACGUGUAUAUAGUAAGAAUACAGCUCCUCUUGUGAUUGAAGGAGAAAAUGAUUUAUUUGGAGAUUUUUACAUCCAACAAGAAAUGAAUGGUAGUGCACGAGAUGAUGAUAGUGACUUUGAUUAUACAAUUCCUAUGAAUUGGGAAGCGGAUACACAACCUCAUAGACGACAUGGUUUUACACUCAUACCUGUAAUGGCAACUUCACGUAUUGCAAUGCCUUCUGUUGGGGGUGAGAUAAUGGAUGGUUUAGUGGGAGAUUUCAAUGAAUCUGCAUAUCUUUCUAUUGAUAGUAUGAACUUGGGGCGGGAAACUACACCCUCGUUACCUCGAAUGUGUUCCCCUACUCCCUAG